GGAAGGACUUCAGUGAAAUUUUAAAUGAUUCAACAAAGCAUGCGCUAAUGGAUGACAGCGACCCUCCUACAUAUAAUCUGCAGAUAGAAUCACAAGAUGGGUGUCAUCCUGGUGACAGCACAGAAAGGAGAGUAAGACACUUGCCUUCUGCAUCAGAUGAAAAUGAAAAUCACCUUGAUGGAGAUGGAUCUGAGCUUCUGACCAGCAGUGGUAGUGCUAUGGGGAAAACUGCAGUGCUAGAGCAAGACAGUCUCAACAAUAAUGAAAGCUGUGUGUCCAGCUGUGAUGUGGCCGCCAGCGAGAGCUCAAAAAGUGCUCUGUGUGAAGGCCCCAAAGAUGGAAAGAACUUCUCAGCAAAAGACAAAAAAGUACCUGGAAAAAGAGGUAUAAGAACCAAAAAAGGUACUGUUAAGACACUAGCAGAUGAUGCAUCUUUAAUACAAGAAAAGAUACUAAGUGCAGCCACUUGUGCUGUUGGUGAUGAAGAAACUGCUGAAGUCAAUGCUAAUGAUCAACCAGAAGCCCCAAAACUAGCUCUGCAGUCUCUCUUUUCACUCAUACGAGGUGAAGUUGAGCAGUUGGAUUCAAGGACACUUCCCCUCUGCCUUCACCAGAUAGCAGAAUCAUAUUUCCAGGAAGAAGACUAUGAGAAAGCAAUGAAAUUUAUUCAGCUUGAACGACUGUAUCAUGAGCAGUUGCUGGCAAAUCUUUCUGCCAUUCAAGAACAGUGGGAAGCAAAAUGGAAAACUGUACAACCUCAUACAGUUACACCUCUAAGGAAUUCAGAAAAAGGAUUUAAUGGUGAAGAUUUUGAACAGCUUGCUAAAUUUUGCUCAACACAUCAAGAUCCUCUUUUAUCCAAACAUAAGAUAGGAGCUAUAGGAAAGUCCCUGGGAAAAAAAUGCAUUACUCAGUUAAUAGUGUCUGAAGAAUCAAAGGCAAAAGGAGUUACAGCCAAAGACCCAGAGAGUGGAACUUGUCUUGGCCUGGAACCAAGUAUAGAAAGCCAGCAUAAAGAGCCCCAGGAGAGCGGUGCCAGCUGCAGUCAGAUGGACAGGCAGGCAGGUUCCCUGAGCGUCCCUGUCACUGCAGGGAAGGACCACACGGAGGAGCCACUCUGCAGCCACAACACUGAAGCCGCGCUGGAGCUCCACACCCAGUCCUCAGAGACAGCCGGGAGCAGGUCUGGGCCAGGCUCUGUUAAGGAUGUUUGUGAGGACAUCAGCCGAUUGCAGGAGACUCCCACAGAGGACUGCGCAGAUGUGACGACAGUAGAGGCCAUUGUGGACGACCCUAGGGUGUUACCCUCUAGUGAGUCAAUGAUAGAGCCAUUGAUUUUACCAGGCUGUGACCAGAUACCUGCUGUGUUGAUUUCUGAGGGUAAAUAUUCACAGACUCAAAGAAAAGAACUUCGUUUGCCACUUCAGGAUGCUUCUGAGGCAUUACCCACGGACCAACCUGAGAGCAAUGAAUUAAAUAAGCUGCAGCAACCUGAUCUCACAGACAGUGAUGGAAAAUUGCCACCAGGUCAGACUGACUCAGAGUCUGGCUCUGAGAAUGUACUUUAUGAAAAUAAUAAAAUAUCUGACUUAAGUAUACUGCAUCCAGAAGUGUAUAUGGCCCCAGAGGAAAAGGGAGAUAAGGAAGAUCAUGUCAAUAAGGAAACAGAAGACUAUUUGAAUAGCCUUUUGGAAGGCUGCUUAAAAGAUACCGAAGAUUCUCUUUCAUAUGAAGAUAACCAAGACGAUGAUUCUGAUCUCCUUCAAGAUCUUUCUCCUGAAGAAGCAUCCUAUAGUCUACAGGAAAGCCUGCCUUCUGACGAUAGCUGUCUUUCUCUUGAUGAUCUUGCCAAAAGAAUAGAAAUUGCAGAGGUUGUUCCUGCUGAAGGACUGGUAUCUAUAUUAAAGAAGAGGAAUGAUUCUGUAGGAGAUCAUCCUGCCCAAAUGCAGCAGAAACCAUCUAAGCGAAGAGUAAGAUUCCAAGAAAUAGAUGAUAAUUUGGAUCAAGAUGAAGUCGGAGGUGGCUCCUGUAUUUUAUUGAUCUUGCUGUGCAUAGCAACAGUUUUCCUUAGUGUUGGAGGAACUGCAUUAUACUGCACUGUGGGGGACAUGGAGUCACCUGUUUGCACAGACUUUGCAGACAACGUGGAUUUCUAUUACACGAAGCUCCUGCAGGGAAUGGCAGAACUUAAACACUGGGUCUACCUCUCCUAGCGCCAUUCAAGCGGACAGGCAUGUUGGCAGUGAGAGUGAAAGAUGUGAAACUUUCUCAGCAGCUUUUAUUUCAGGAGUUCUGAAACAUUCCCCCUUCCCCCCAGCAAGGACAUCAGAAACAGCCACUUUUUAAGUGGCAAACCGAAGUUCUGAGGAACUUUCUCAGAAUAACCCACAUAAUAAGGCAAAUAUUGAUCUAAGCAUUGUGGACUGCGGGAGUGGUCUUUGGGGAGGCAAGUGUAUUCAUCUCUUCCUCACUACUUCCCAGUGUGAUGAGCACACUGAGCAGAAUAUGCAGGGCGGUCUUGGAAACACACUAUUUUUAGCUACUUUGUCAAGCUAAAAGUGGAAGGACACUUGUGGUUUACAUCUCUCAGUCCUUAGAAAUUGCUUCAGCCAUCACGCAAACCAACAGUGGUUAACUUAAUGAUUUCAGUGUUAUUUUUAGUUAAUUUUGAAAGCUAUGUCAUUUAGGUUUCUUGCAUUGUUUCCAAUUUCUGUUCUCCUUUUCUGUAUUUGAGUGCUUUAAGCAAUUAUCUGGAGCAAAUGUCCGAUAAAGAAUAACAAAGAUUAUCUUUAUUCUUUUAACUUUGCUAUGAUGUGCAGAAAAAAUCUUUGAAGAAAGCUUAAUUGUAGAAUAGAUGAAUUAUGGAAAUGUUGGCCCUGACACGAAUAACUGUACAGAUAUGUGGCAUUUAACUUGAUUGGGUAGCAAGAAAUUAAUCACAGGCCUAAAGGCAAAUUAAAGAACUCUCCCUGAGUCUUGGACCACAGUUCCGUCAUGGACUCAGUGCUUCCUGAAGUGAUGGAUGCUGGACUCAAUUCUGCAAACGCUUGAGCACCUGUUAUGCUCUGAGAAUCUAGAAGCCAGAAUAUGAACAUAAAUAAGAUAUAAUUCCUGCCAUAUAGGUUUUAAUUCUGGUUUUAUGUAAAGUAAACCAAUACUUUGGCAAGUGAACGUAAAUCAUCGUAUAUAAUUCAGUAUUCGCAGAUCAUGCAUUCAGCUGUUUUGAUUGUGCAUUCAUAUCAUGGGCUCGAUUUAGACCACAGAGUGGGUCAUUAAACAGAAAUUCAUUUAUACCUUAAAUAGGCAAUUGUCUAGUUUUUGUUUAAAUCUGUCAGUUAGGUGGCCUUUCCUUUUUUAAGGAAUAGCGGUCUAAUAUCUGGGAAGCCUUGCUUUGACUUUUUUAUAUUGUAGACAGCAUUUUAAAAAAACCAUGAAUUAUAGUUUUUUAGCAAGUGAUCAUUACUUCCUGUUUUUCUAUUAGGUUCAUUUGAAAGAAAAAGGCAGGCAAUGACUUCUAGUUGUUACUGGCUGGUACAGUAUCUCCCUUUGUGCUUUUGCUUAUUUAUCUAGAUAUAUAAAAUUUAAAGGUCUUUUUAUAUAAGUUGAAAGUGUUUUGCUGAGCAUGUAUUUGGUUAUCCCAAUGCUAGAUAUUUAAUUAUUAUGUACGUAGUAUUUUGAUUUUCUAUAAUUUCAGUUCAGUGUGUUUUUAGGAUUAUUUUGAAAUUGAUGUUUCAUUUUGCUUAUAAUAAUACUGUUUUACUUGUCUCUAUCAUGUCACCAUAAACUAAUAUUUUCAAUGGUUGUAGAUCAAAGAUAUUUAUUUAGAAUGUACAAGACAAUGAAAUUUAGAUUCCUUAUACUUAAGGCUGAUUUUAUUAGAAGAUUAUUUUAAUGUUCUAUUAUAAAUUUUAAGAAUUUGUACUCAAACUGUAUGUAAAAUAUGUAACAUGUCCCACCGUACUAUCUUAAGUGGUUCUAUAAAAGACCCUCACAAGUUCUACUGUGGGCCUCCUCAUUAUAUCAAACUUUUUCUGCUUUACCCUCAUAAUUUCUAGUUGCAAGAAUUUAGUAACCCUUUUUUCUAAUUAUUUUAUGUCAAGAAGUUACAAUCUCCCUCCUGCUUACUGUCAGUCGUGUAUAAUCUCUAUAUACCGUGUAUAUUUAUCUAUAUACCACCUAGCCAAUUUUUCUGAAACCCAAGAUUUCCUGGGAAGCUUCACGUUGGAAUGGAAGAAUGGAGGUGAGGCCUUGCUGAUCGGGGGCCUGGCUGUGUUUCAGAGGCCAUGGGUGAACACAUCACAUCAGGGGACAGUGAUUUGAACUCAAGAGCACAGUACAUAAUAGUCACUUAUUGCAUGAAUUGGAGUAAUUCCACCUGGUGAUGAAAGGAUUGUUAACUCACGCAUAAAAAUAUUCAUCCCGUUUUACCAAAAUGUAAUUUCUUCUCCCUUCAAAGUACUGAAAACUAUUUGUAAUUCAUCUUCCUUAAGAACUGUAUUUGAGGGUAUCAAAUCAAGCUUGUAAUUUAAAGUCUGUACCAACAAAGUGUCUUAGUAAUUAUUUGAACUUCUACGUAUUGAAAAAAAUUGCUUUAAAGCAAAAGUAAUUUCAGGAAUUGUUCUGACCCCAAGUAGAUAGCCAUCUAUUUGGGAAACUAAUAGGUCCUAAGUAAAAGCUCCCCUCCUAAAAUACCUCCUCCAUCUGCCUGGCAUGAGAGCUGAAAUUCAUUCUAAAAAUACAUUAUUUUAGAUUGGAAAAUCAAAAUCCUCUGGGAGGUUUACUUUCUCAAGCUAUGAAUUUGUGUAGUAGAUAUGCAGAGAAUUUUAAAUUUGAAAGUGGGCCUUUUUUCUAAAGACAGGUAUGAGUUUAAUCUCGCUCGAAUGGCAGGAAGAUAUAGAACAAGAGUAGAAGGGAGGAAAUGGUAGGAGUUAAGAAGAAAAAGUAGAAAAGAGCAAAGAAAUUCUUUAGCUCUUAAUUGUUUUGCUGACCUGUUCCCACUACAAAGAGAAACUGAAUCAUUUCUUUGGGCUCAAUUAUUAUUAACUCUUUUUGGGGGGGUACUGGGUAUCGAAC